AUGGAAACUUUUGGUCUGAGGAGGACUCAGUCCCUGAGGAGUCUUUCUGGGGUUCAGGAGAGUUCAUGGGUCAGGUCACCUUCUGCAACCUGGAACAGAAGAUCUGUCUCUCAGCUGGUGCAGCAUUACCAAAGCUGUGCUGACCUGAGGAGUUCUGAGAAAGCAGAGGAAAAACUCGAGGUUUCUGAAAACUGUGUGGAUGGACGCCGGAGGUGGCAGGACAACAGGGACAACGUGUCUCUCUGGAGAUCAGCAGGGAGCUUCAGUCUGUCCAGGAGUCGCUCCAUGGACUUCCUCCCACAGAAAGAACCGUCUGGCACCAGAGCUCUGUGCGCUUUGUUCGAGAACAAGGCCACCCUGCAGCAGAAGUURAACAGCAGCCCUCGGCUGAACUCAGCAUCUGCAGCCGGCAGUAAAACAGGGACAAACUGGCCUCUGCAGGACAGGAGAAGUUAUAACACUCCUCUGAAAGAGACACUGAUUCAGAGAACAACCCAGGUGGAUGGUCCAAAGGUCAUGAAUGGCCUUCCAAAGGGUUACAACAAAGCCUCCGGUCACACAAAAGACGUGAUUGACUCAAGCCAGCAGCAGCAGCCAGCCCACAGUCCCAAAAUAGCUGAAGUCUCAACAGCAGGUCCAGAUAAAACUCAGCUGUCACCGAGACCACGGGACGAAAUAGAGUUCGACUCAGAAAGAGUCUCACAGAGAGCAGAGACAUCACAGGGCCCUCUUAGAGUCUGCUAUCCAACACAUCGGAGGUGA